GUUAUAGUAAUAGGAUGAUGUUAAGGUGACAGUAAUAGAUCAGUUGCAUUUAAUUCUAGUCUUUAAGCACAAUGAUGAAUGUUUUAACUGAUAUUCUUUGUGAUACGUCGUCUCUGUUAGUAUCACAAAGCUACAAAGAUACUUUGACGCAGAGCAAGCUGAUAUCCCCUCACGAUGUAUCUACAAAGCAAGGACACUUGCACAUCCUUGAUUCAGUAUCGCAGAUAUCGCACAUUGAUAGACCUCUAUCAAAUAUUAAUGAUUCUAGUCCAUCUAGUAUUGAUUUAUUUAAUGCAUCAAGUCAAAUUCACAUUCCAUCAAAUAUAGAUUCGGGGUUUGAUGACAGAAGUCAAGUAUCAGUAUUUUCUGAUCAGUUUCCUGAAAUAGUACCAUCAUGGCUAACUCACGAUUUCAUGAAAGUUUCGGAUAAUUUACCAUCUCCCGGCAUUCUGUCGAAUGUCUCCGAUAUUUACCCCUCGGCUCGAGAGAGCGAGCAUUUGGAGAUGUUAGACUUGGGAUUUCCACCUGAACUGACUUCACAAGAUGUUUCAACAAAUUUAAACCGAUGCAUCGAUGAUGGUCAGAAGCUGUUAGAAGAAAUGCCAAUGCAGAGAUUUUCUAAUGACUCGCUCAUGAUUCCCUCUUUUAAUGAUAUUCAUUCUAAUCAGUUGCAUCUAUCCAUGGGUAAAAGCAGCAUUCAGUAUCAAAAGUUUGCACCUGACACCCAACAUGUUCAAGUGUCGUCGUCAUCUCUUAUGAAUUCGGUCAUGCCUUGCGAAAAUGAUCUGCUUCAUCUUCCCUUGCCUUCCACUUUAGCCGAACAGUGCCUUAACUCUUCAUCUAGUCCUUCAAUGUCAAGUCAAAGUCGAGCACUUCCAGUGAAUGUUGUCUGUGAUAAGUUACCUCAGAUUAGUCUCAAUCAUUUAGACUCUUUGUUAGAUAAUGAAACUACCCUUUCAGAUAUUCACUUGUUAAGACAUGACUUUCCUCAUGUUAGUGUACAUCAAGAAAAUCAACAAGUCAACAACUGUACACAGCAAACAAGUGACCCGUGCAUGACUGGUUGUAAUCCAAAUGACUUUCCUCAUGUAACCGUACAUCAAGAAAAUCAGCAAAUCAACAAUUGUACGCAGCAAACAAGUGAUCCUUGCAUGACCCGUUGUCAUCCAAGCAGAAUCAUUCCUUGCGAUCCUGGGAAUUUUUUGGCUUCUCAAAUGGCACCAGUCCCACAACAUCAAGAUGCAUCAGUUCAGGUACCUGAAAGCGGAUCCGUUUUAAGUUUUAGAUCUGAUAAUCAAAAUUGUUUUUCUUGUAGUCAAGUCCCAUUAGAGUCUGCUCUUGAAGAAAUUUAUUGCUUCAAGUGCAAGUUUUGUGAUUAUAUUAAUGUCCACAAGUGUGCUGUCUCAAAUCAUAUAAGUAUGACACAUUCCAAACCCAUUGCUCCAAAUUCAUGCAUAACAGAAAAUGGUACUGAUAAUAUUCAAAGAUCUGAUAUAAUAAAUUCAUUAAAUGAUGAAAGCUUUGGUGAAGCUCGUUUACCAACUUCAGAAAAUUUAGUCUCCUCGACAUUAGCUGCUCCUAUUAAUUCUGCUGUUGUCAGUAUUGCAUCUUCUGAAAGAGAGCCAGUAAAAGAUUUAAAUAGUAAUUUCCAAUGUAUUAAGUGCAGUUCAGUGUUUUUAAAUAUUAAUGAUUAUAAUACACAUUUAUUAACGAAUCACAACAUUCAGCCAGAAAAUGUUCCUCUGAAUGUUACAGGAGUCACCAUUUAUUAUCAACCAAUUCUAUCAAACGGUAUUCUACUGAAUACAACCACUGAAAACCUUGCUGCUACUGAAAAUGAUGUUUCAAGAAAAACUGCUGUUAUUCUCCAAAAUGGCAUAAAUAAUAAUGUAAAAGAUAUUGCAAAGAAAAGAAAAAAAAAUGCUAAGAAAGUUGAUGAUCCUUUGAUAAAAAAUUCUUCAAGAAAAACUACCAGUAACGAAUCUUUCAAUAUCAAUUCAGAAAAGCAGAUUUCUUCUCAUAAAAAAGCAUGGCAAAAAAAGAUGAACAGAGAAGUUGGGUCAUAUAUUUGUGAAUUCAAAGGCUGUAAUGUUCGAUUCAGAGCACUUGACAAUUUGGAAUAUCACAAGAAAUGCCACAUUUCUGGAAUUAGCUCUUUUGGUUGUCCUGAAUGUAGUACAAGCUUUGAAAGUUGGGGGACCAUUGCUGGCCAUUUGUGGCGUGAUCAUGGAAAUGAUAUGGAAUUACAUGCAUGUGAUCAAUGCCAAUUCCGUACAUACAGUUUAAGUCGCCUUGAAAAUAUUCACAAGAGGACACAUAAAGAUGAAUACUUAUUUUUAUGUGAUACUUGUGGCAAGAGCUUCAAAACAGGAAAGCAAUUAAGAAACCACCGGGCCAUUCACACCAAAAAGAAGAUGAAUAAUAAUGACGCAUACAAAUGCAACAUCUGCUCAAUAGCUUAUUCUUCCAAAGCUACACUCCGGACGCAUCAAACUUCAGUUCACAACAAAGUCAAACGCUUCUUAUGCGAUUAUUGUGAUUACAGUGCUUUCAAGCGUGGGGACCUGAAAUUGCAUAUGAGGGUUCAUACUGGGGAGAAACCAUUUGAAUGUGAUAUGUGCCAGUACAAAACCUCCGACCACAAUUCUUUGAGGAGACACAAGCAAACACACUCAGGGGAGAAAACCUAUAAGUGCCCAUAUUGCUCUUAUUCUUCUAUUCAAGCUAGCUGUUAUAAAGAUCAUUUGAAGAAUCAUCAUCCUGGUCAGAAUGGCUUAAUGUUUUCCUGCACUCUUUGUCCUUUUCGAACUCUGAAACAAGAAGUUUUAACAACCCAUAUGUCUGAGCACGAAAAUUCAAACAGACCUCAAAAUGACAAUAACAUUAAUGAAAUUAAUUCUACUGAUGAUAUAUUCCCUAUAGCUAAAGCUCUAGAUAUGAAGUCUUUCUCCUGGUGUUCAUGAUCUUAAAGAAAUACAACUAAAACUUGUUCAGUCAUUUUUGAAAUUUUAAUCAGUUAUGUGUUAAUGAUGUUUGUGUCUAUUGACGGCAAAACUUAACAUGAUUUUCUACAUUAUAUGCUUUAUUAAGGAUAGAUUUUUUUUUAUUACAGUUGUUUUCAAAUGAAAUGAAUUUUUUAACAAAUAUUUUAUUCUAAUAAA